AUGUCCUCCACUACUGCAAUAUCACCACCUGAGGCCAGUCCAGAGGCUGACCGGGUCGGCUCGGGUAAAGAGGAGGGGGAGGAGCCGAAAGUGCUGCCUUGUCGAGUUACUUGCCGUGCUCCCAAUGUUGAGAUUGAUCUGCAUGCUAGGUAG